GAAUGCGGUGGCCAUCGCCUUGGAUAGCGACGUGAUCACUAACGAGACCGUGUCCCAGGUGAUAGGUGCUGUCUUCACCCUGCUGUACCUCUCGGAGUUCUUGCUGAAGCUGACCCUGCUGGGCUGGCGGGGCUACUUUUGGGACGAGAAUUGGCAGUGGAACUGGUUCGACUUUCUGUGCCUGCU